UCAUGAAUUACACGUUCAACAAUGUUUGCUAGCCAAAAAUAGUAGGCGAUUGAGAUGAUGGAGGAAACUGUGGUAAGCAAUCAUCAAUGUCCGGCAGGUCUGAUGAAUUUAAAAUAGAAAUGGUCUACAUAUAAUUCUGAUAGAGUAUUGGAUUAAGAGUUGUUUGCUGUUUACCAGGAUGAUUGUUAAUUCUAUCUUAUAUAAAUCAAGUAUCUUGAAAGUUGCUCGAAACUUUUCAACAUCCACUCAGUUCUCCCCAAGAAUCAUAAAACAAGAGAAACCAAUUUUGACUGAAGAGUUGUGUAAUCAGUUUUUAGAUAAAAACCCAGAUUUAUUAACCUUAAGGAAGCUUCACUCAAAGAUCAUAGUUGAUGAUCAAUUGAAUUCGAAUUCAUCUUUGGGUCUUAAACUGAUGAGAGCUUACUCUGCUUGUAAACAACCAGCAAUUACCCGUCAACUGUUCGAUGAAAUUCCUGAUAGAAAUGUUGUUUUCUUUAAUGUCAUGAUCAGAAGUUAUGUUAACAAUCAUCGCUUUCAAGACGCUAUUUUUGUUUAUAAGAACAUAUCUAGUCAUGGAAUUCAUCCUGAUAAUUACACAUAUCCUUGUGUGCUGAAAACUUGUUCUUGCUCGAGUAAUUUAGGGGUUGGGAUUCAGAUACAUGGUGCUGUUAUAAAAGCUGGGUUAGAUUCAAAUCUGUUUGUUGGGAAUGGCUUAAUUGCAAUGUACGGUAAAUGUGAUGCUGUUCUUGAAGCAAGGAUGGUUCUUGAUGGUAUGAAUCAAAGAGAUGUUGUUUCUUGGAAUUCUAUGGUUGCUGGGUAUGCCCAAAAUGGGCGGUUCAAUGAAGCGCUGGAAAUCUGUAAAGAAAUGAAGUUGGAAAGACUAAGGCCUGAUGCUGGAACUAUGGCUAGUCUCUCACCAGCUAUAACAAGUACUUCACCUGAAAAUAUUUCUUUCGUUAAGGCAAUGUUUGAUGAAAUGUCAGAUAAAGGUUUGGUUUCUUGGAAUGUGAUGAUAGCCGUAUAUGUGAAUAAUUCGAUGCCUAAUGAUGCUAUCGAGCUUUAUUCGCAGAUGGAAAUUCACGGAAUAGAACCUAAUGUUGUUACUCUUGCUACUAUUCUUCCUGCUUGUGGGGAUUUAUCAGCUUUCAUGCAAGGAAAAAAGAUUCAUGAGUAUGUUGUCCGAAAAAAACUUGCUCCAAAUUUGGUCCUGGAGAAUGCUUUAAUUGAUAUGUAUGCUAAAUGUGGGUGUUUAGUAGAAGCGAGAAAAAUAUUUGAUGAGAUGAGAAACCGGGAUAUUGUUACAUGGACUUCCCUGAUUUCUGCUUAUGGUAUGAGCGGCCAAGGUCGUGAUGCGGUUGAUCUUUUCUCAAAAAUGCUGGAAUCCGGUUUGAUUCCAGAUCAAAUUGCAUUCGUCUCUGUCUUGUCUGCCUGCAGCCAUUCAGGUUUAUUGACUGAGGGUCGGCAUUACUAUAAAGUGAUGACCGAUGAAUACAAAAUAGUCCCAAGAAUAGAGCAUUUUUCAUGUAUGGUUGAUCUUUUAGGUCGUGCAGGGAAUAUCGAUGAAGCUUAUGAUUUUGUCAAGCAGAUGCCACUUGAACCAAAUGAGAGAAUUUGGGGCGCUUUAUUAAGUGCUUGCAGAGUUCACUCCAAUAUGGAGAUUGGGCUAGUUGCUGCGGAUCGUCUUUUCCAGUUGUCUCCUGAGCAGGCUGGAUAUUAUGUGUUGUUAUCCAACAUAUAUGCAAAAGCUGGUAGAUUUGAAGAUGUUACAACUGUUCGGUCGAUCAUGCAGAGCAAAGGAAUCCAGAAGCUGCCUGGUUGCAGCGAUGUUGAGCUUGGUAAUAAAGUUUAUAGUUUUCUAGUUGGAGAUCGCUCUCAUCUGCAAUCAGAACAAAUUUAUGCCGAGUUAGAUGUAUUAUUUGGUAAAAUGAAAGAACUAGGGUAUGUUCCUGAGACUGAUUCUGCUCUCCAUGAUGUGGAGGAGGAAGAAAAAGAAGGCCAUUUAGCAAUCCAUAGUGAGAAGUUAGCUAUUGUUUUUGCUUUGAUAAAUACGGAGCCAGGAACACCUAUCAGGAUUACCAAGAACCUACGCAUUUGUGGCGAUUGUCAUAUUGCCGCUAAGCUUAUCUCUAAGAUCACUGAAAGGGAAAUCAUUGUGCGUGACACUAAUCGUUUUCACCACUUCCGAUUUGGGGAAUGCUCUUGUGGGGAUUACUGGUAAACCUUUAUGGAUAGGUACCCAAAUGUCAUGGUCUGAAGUCUUCAUUGCCUACUUGGACGCUGCUACCACACUUCGACACAAGACGUUUUCCCAAUUUUCGUGAUUGAGCAAUGCUUCAUUGAGAUAGAGACUAAUCUACAGUGCUCAAGGAGGUGACAGAGAGGUUUAGCAUCGAUUUGAAAUUUUCUACCAAGUCUCAAUUUUUCUUCAAUUCCGGAUGAUAAUCUGUAAGCUGCAAUGACAACCCACACAGCUGUGGCACAGGCUGCUGAACAUGAAACGUCACUCAUGAGCUCACCCUAUGAAUGUCAAGUUGUAUAUAUAUAUAUCAUUUCUCUGCUUGUCCUCCAUCAGAGAGGGACACCCAUUUUUGUGUCUCAAGGCUGAUGCGUCAUAUUUACACACAAGGGGCACGCGUAUGCGCACAACGACCACCUUUAUUGUUUUUUUUUGUCUGUCCGUUAAGCUAUAAAAAUGUAAACCACAUCCGUUUGAUAUUCUUGAGAAGAUAUUCCUUCAUUUAAAGACAAAGAGCAAGAGGGGUAGUAAGGGGAGGAUUCUUGAUAGAUGAAUAACCAAUCAGAGCA